AUGCCACACGUCGAGGUGCUCCCGAACUCGACGGCGACAGUCGCACCAGGAUGGACGUAUGUUGUCGACACGGGCUACGACCCCUCCAAGGUUGCCAUCAACCCAAAGAACAAGAAGCGCGCAGCGGCAGCAACGCCAGGCGGUCAGCGCGCCGAGAAUGAGCUAUCUGCACGACAGCAGACGGCUAUAGCGCGACGCAUAGCAGAGCUAGAACGCGACAACGACCCCAAACAGCUCAUCACAGUGCCUGGAAAGCCGAGCGUGCCCAAGACACAGAAUGCAAGGAGGAUCAUACAGUAUCAGCGACAGAUCAAGCAUUGGCUCGACGACGAAGAGGCACAGUUGGGACAAGCAACGACGACAUCAAGAGGGAGUGUGUCUCAGCCCACAGGAGGAAGGGGUGCAGCACAAGCGUCCCGAAGACAGAGCGCCUUCGCUUCCGUGCCCGCGACACCUGCGGAAGCCACCCCAGGACCCGCCGCCAUAGCACAAACGCCAUCACGACUCGAAGACGCGAAUGCUGACGAUGCGCUACUCUCCAUCGACGACUCUAUACCUCCACCAAUCAACCCCGCCGAGCUUGAGGCACUGCUUGCCGCACCGCCGCUCUCGUACGCUGCAAGCCACGCAGCGCCUCCUCCAGCUGGCGGUCCACCGCAGAGACAGUUCUGCGAUAACUGCGGGUAUUGGGGGCAGAUCAAGUGUCGCAAGUGUGGCGCACGCGUGUGUGGACUGGAGUGCAAAGACGCGCAUGAGGCUACAAGGUGCUUGAAAUGGGCAUGA